AUGUCUGCCGGCGACUCACAACCCGUUGUCAUCGAAUCCAUCAACGCUCAAACUUAUCACCCCCCAAAGCGCGAGCCUCACCACCCCGAGCCCCAUGUUCGCGACAUCGCCCAGUACCAAGAGCUCUACAAGGAGUCCAUCGAGGACCCAGAUGCGUUCUGGGGCAAGCUCGGACGUGAACUCCUCGACUGGCACACCCCUUUCACCCGAGUCACCCAGGGAUCGUUCGAGCACGGUGACAUCGCAUGGUACACUGACGGUUACUUGAACGCCUGUUACAACUGUGUUGACAGACAUGCUCUCAAGACCCCCGAUGCGCCCGCAAUCAUCUUCGAGGCCGACGAGCCCUCCGAGGGCCGUAUCGUCUCCUACUCCGAGCUCCUCCGCGAGGUCUGCAAGUGCGCAAACGUCUUGAAGUCCCUUGGUGUCAAGAAGGGUGACACUGUCGCCGUCUACCUCCCCAUGAUUCCCGAAACCCUCGUCACCCUCCUCGCCAUCGUCCGUAUCGGUGCCAUCCACUCCGUCGUCUUCGCAGGUUUCUCCGCAGAGUCCCUCCGCGACCGUGUCCUCGACGCCGACUCCAGGGUCGUCAUCACCUCCGACGAAGGAAAGCGUGGUGGAAAGACCAUCGGAACCAAGCGCAUCGUCGACGAUGCCUUGAAGGAGUGCCCCGACGUCGAGCACGUCCUCAUCUUUAAGCGCACCGGAAACGAGAUCCCCCUCGUCCCCGGACGCGACAAGUGGUGGCACGAGGAGAUGGCCAAGUUCCCCUCUUGGUGCCCUCCUGUCAUGGUCAACGCCGAGGACCCCCUCUUCCUUCUCUACACCUCCGGUUCCACCGGAAAGCCCAAGGGUGUCAUGCACUCCACCGCUGGUUACCUCGUCGGUGCCGCCGCUACCACCAAGUACGUCUUUGAUGUUCACCCCGGAGACCGUAUGGGUACGGCUGGUGACGUCGGAUGGAUUACCGGUCACACCUACAUCGUCUACGGUCCCCUCCUUCUCGGUGCCGCUACUCUCGUGUUCGAGGGUACCCCCGCUUACCCCAACUUCUCCCGCUACUGGGAGAUCGUUGAGCGCCACAAGAUUACCCAGUGGUACGUCGCUCCUACCGCUAUCCGUCUCUUGAAGCGCGCCGGAGACCACCACAUCAAGCACGACCUUUCUUCCCUCCGUGUCCUCGGUUCCGUCGGUGAGCCCAUCGCUCCCGAUGUGUGGCAUUGGUACUACGAGAAGGUCGGUCGCGGAAAGUGUGCCGUUGUCGACACAUACUGGCAGACCGAGACCGGAUCCCACGUCCUUACUCCUCUUCCCCAUGCUAUCCCCACCAAGCCCGGAUCCGCCUGCUUGCCCUUCUUCGGUAUCCAGCCCGCGAUCGUCGAUCCCGUCACCGGUGAGGAGUUGGUCGGCAACGACGUCGAGGGUGUCCUCUGCUUCCGCAAGCCUUGGCCUUCCAUCGCCCGUACCGUCUGGGGUGCCCACGAGCGUUACCUCGACACCUACAUGCGUCCCUACAAGGGCUUCUACUUCACUGGAGACGGUGCUGGCCGUGACCACGAGGGUUACCUCUGGAUCCGUGGCCGUGUCGACGAUGUCGUGAACGUUUCCGGUCACCGUCUCUCCACCGCCGAGAUCGAGGCCGCUCUCAUCCACAACAAGGCCGUCGCUGAGGCCGCUGUCGUCGGUGUCCCUGAUGAGUUGACUGGACAGGCUGUCAUGGCUUUCAUCUGCUUGAAGUCCGGUUACGAGAAUAACGAGGCUUUCCGCCGCGAGUUGAUCUUGCAGGUCAGGAAGUCCAUUGGUCCUUUCGCUGCUCCCAAGGCUUUGUUGGUCGUCAAUGACUUGCCCAAGACCCGCUCCGGAAAGAUCAUGCGUCGUGUCUUGAGGAAGUUGCACGCUGGCGAGCCUUUGGGUGACACCAGCACUCUCCAGGACGAGAGCGUCAUCGAGCACUUGAUAGAGGUUAUCCAGCAGGCCAAUAUCUGUGCGUUUACGGAGUCUCGCUGGUACGGGGACCAAGCUACAGUGCUUUGCCCAGGUAUCGCCAUCUCCAUCCAAUUUAAGGUUGACGGUGACCGAACGUCGCUAACCUUUCGCUGGCGCGCUUUGGGGUUGCGGCCUGAAAUUGAGCCACAGAGACACUCCCUGCAGCUGGCAGUUGUUGACAGAGAGCAUCCAUCUCCACUUGACAACAAACGGCCAUCCCGAUUCGCAGCCGCAGAGGCCAUUGAUCAGUCCGAGUACGAGCGCAUACACGACCAGUUCAACGCGUCUUUUGGAUUAGGUCACCGCAUAUAUCCCGCGAUCAUGCCUUCUGGAGCCUUACCCAGCUUCGCUCCAUCUUAUGCUACCCCGAAACGGCGGACGCAAUCGCCUUUAGAUGCUAUUACGUCUUCACCACGGAGACUAUGGGGUGCCGUUGCAGCGAUUCUUUUCGUGAUUUGGUUCCUCUUUAGCGGGCCGUCAGUGCCAGCAGCACCCAUCCCAUUCCGUGGUAGUGGUCCAGAAGUCGUGUUGGUGCUUGCGACAGAUACCAGGGGACACCAGAAACCGUACUUCUCGAGCGUACUGGAGAACAGGAAGGAGUAUGCCAGAGCACAUGGAUACGGAUUUGUCUGGAAGAAUGUCGGAGAUUAUGACUUGGGUGGUGCAUCAAACGACUGGGGAAAGAUCCCGGUAUUGCGUGAAGCCAUGCUCGAGUACCCCGAAGCUACAUGGUUUUGGUACUUGGAUCAGGACGCGAUCAUCAUGAACCCCCAAAUCCCUAUCACCAAGCACAUCCUCGAAUCAUCCCGACUCAACAAGCUUCUUCUCCGCGACCAGCCCAUCGUGCCGCCAGACAGCAUCAUCCACACGCCGCGCAACACGCCCGCAAAGAACAUGGAGCUUCUCAUCACCCAGGAUCACAACGGCCUCAACACCGGCAACUUCCUCAUCAAGCGUGGUGAUUGGGCAGAGUAUGUCUUGGACGUUAUCAUGGACCCUCUGUACAGAUUCUACAACGGCUUCGACAGGCAGGAGCAGAGCGCGUUGGAGCACAUCGUACAAUGGCACCCGACGAUCUUGACAAAGCUCGGUAUCCUAGCCCCUAGGAGCUUGAACUCCUUGUCAGAUGCCAGCACCGACAUGGCUUACAAGGAGGGUGACUUCGUGGUUCACUUGAAGGGAUGCAGUGACUCGCAGCGGAACUGCGACAAGGAGUUCUUGAGGCUGUGGCAGAUUCGGGGAAGACUUCAGGACACGAGGAAGUAAAUUUAAACGGGGGUAAUAGCACAUGUACUACAUGACAUUUAAAGUUGCAGGACAACACGGUGAAACCUCGGAUGCCGGUAAUCUAGAAGUGAGGACAAUCUAUAUCAAUCUCUAGGAAAAUAAUUGCAUAUUGAAAGCGUAUUCGCACACAUUACUAUUGGCUUCCGCAUCGGAAGUAAAUGCUGGAGUGAUAGUCUUCUUCUUCCGUUCAGUCAGACGCCUUCGUAGCUGGCGAAGGUUCAGAGUCCACUGCUGCUGGAAUAACGAUGCUGUCCUGUGCUGGCGGUGAUUGUGCGGAACGAUUGCUUGAUGCGAGUCGCAUGUCCAAGGCCUUCAGUGCCAGUGCCCUUCUCCUCUCGGCCUCAGCCCUAGCACCUCCUGGUGCAGCUCUUCCGUGCAUCGCACUUCUCUGCUGCGUCUG